AAUGGAUCUUCUGUGAACAAACAGAAACUGUUGGAUAUUAUUCAAGGCUUUUCGAAAAAAUUAAAAGAAAUCGAAGAUAAAGAUAACAAAACUAAACUUCGCAGGAUAAAGAAUGGUGAACGAGUAUUUAAAUUUUCUAAUGAGAUUAAGCGAGCUUUUCGUCUAGAUAUUACUAAAGCGCUUAACGAACAUUUCAAAACACAUAAACAAUAUAAACAGUGGUUGAAUAAUGUGAAUAAUGCUUUAAAAUUUGCAAGAAAAUUUCAAAAAGUAUCUAUAGGUACUACAUUAUACGGUGAAGCAUCAUAUGAAUUGUCUAAAGCUUUAAUAUUAUCAUCAAAUAAUCUCUCAAUGCAAGAGAAUGAAUUUGAAGAAAUCAAUGAGAUAAACACUAUGGAAUUAGAUAACAAUACUAAUAUCGAAGCAAAGAAUUUGCUUAUUGAUGCAUUUUAUAAGGGUUUAUAUGUGAAUACGAUUGUUUGGUUAAAGAAAGUAUUUGAUGUAGAUAUCAAAUCAGAGUUUGAAAGAAAAUGGAGUAAUCAAACAAUCAAACCAAAUGAAUAUUUUAUAUAUGCUGGAAUAUUAAUAUUAUUAGAAUCUAACUUUUACGAAGACAAAACACAAAAAGUAAUGGAUAUACUUUAUCAUGUAUUGCAAAACAAAGGAUAUUUUAAAGAAUUAUAUGAAAGGUGUUUUUCAACUACACCGACUUCUUUACCAAGGUUGAAUACAAAAACCUUGAAAUAUCUCAAAAAGAAUCAUGAUGAUAAAAUGAAUAUUAUUAAUGAUGGAACUUCAAGAUCGUUAAACGAAAUAUUAAAACAAAUUGAAGGAUAUGAUACAAUUAAUAGUCAUGAAUUAUAA